AUGAUUGUCGAGAUGUACGAAGUUGCUGUUUACGGGUCUACAUCGGGGGCUGUUGCCUCCGCCAUCCAAGCUGCCAAGCUUGGGAGGAAGACCGUGCUUAUUUCUCCUCACGACCAUAUCGGUGGAAUUCAGGUUGAAGGCCUGGGGUCAACUGAUAUCGACAACCAGACGGAAUUCCAAAAUAGCCCAUCAGUCGGAGGUCUGGCGCUUGAGCUUCACCGGAGACUGAGCAAGUACUAUGGUAGACUUGACUGGUUGGAAGAGGUACUCGCAGAACGAAAGAAGGUACCUGAAGUGUGGAAGUUCGAGCCUCGUGUUUUGGAAGAAGUAAUUAGGAGCUGGCUGGACGAAUAUUCGCCAUUGCUCUCUAUCACAAAGGCAUCGCUUUCAGCCGUGGAACGAGAUGGCAAUGUGGUCACUGGUUUGAAGUUGACGAAUGGCCAAUUGGUACGGGCAAAGUACUUUAUUGAGGCGACUUACGAGGGUGACUUCCUCGCUGCAGCUGGCAUCUCUACUGCUCUGGGACGGGAACCUUCAGCUCAAUACAACGAAAGUUUAGCCGGUGUACGCGAUGACACACGGUAUACCCAGUUUGAAGUACCAAUUGAUCCCUACCGCGAGGCCGGAAAUGUUUCAAGCGGUCUUCUAUACGGCAUUUCGUCCGAACCAUUCGGCAAACCUGGCGAUGGAGACCAACACCUGGCCGCCUACUCCUACCGACUCCCUCUUACAGACGUGGAGGGUAACAAGUUGCCUAUCUACAAGCCAGAGGGGUACGACCCGUCGCACUAUGAUCUGCAUCGUCGCUAUCUCCAGGCGGGUGGUAAACUCUACUUGCCACGCCUGAAAGGAAUUCCAAAUCGCAAGACGGACCUAAUUGGAUCGGAAGCCGUUCUUUCUACCGAUCUUCUUGGUAUGAACGAUGAUUGGCCUUCCGCCAAUGAUCAAGGCCGACAGAAGAUCCUCGACGAAACAGCAACCUUCACAAAAGGUCUCCUCUGGUUCUUUGCAAACGACGAGUCCGUCCCACUCGAAAUCCGUCAAGAAUGGUCCAAAUUUGGCUACUGCCUUGACGAAUUCCCCGAUAACAACCACUUCCCCCGUCAGAUAUACGUUCGUGAUGCGCGGAGAAUGGUAUCCGACUACAUCAUUACUCAACACACGGCAUCUGAGCAUGACGGAGAGGAGCACGACCCUUACCCAGUUGCGAUUGCAUACUGGCCUACUGACACACACUGUGCUCGCCGAGUAGUUCGCGACGGUGUCGUGCAUAAUGAAGGCUUCAUCUUCAAGGAUAAGCAUCAGUGGCGGCCAUUCGGUAUCUCCUAUCGAUCCUUGGUUCCGAAGAGAAGCGAGGCUAUCAACGUCUUGACGGCUACAUGUCCCAGCUCGUCACAUGUAGGAUAUGGUGCUGUUCGCAUUGAGCAUCAGUUCUACGAGCUUGGACAGGCAUGUGCGAAUGCUUGCGAUAUUGCGUUGAGAGAAUCGGAUGCUCUUGCGUGUGUUCAGGAUGUGUCGUAUGAGGUCCUUCGGGAGAGAUUGUUAGAGCAGGGUGCCAUUCUCGAUGUUUCCUUGGUUGGGAAGCCUGAUUUUACUCUUGUCUAG